AUGCCAAACCACACCUUCACAGAAUCACAAAUCUUCCACAGGCCCCUGUGGCCCUCUCUGCCCAUCUUUCUCGCACCCUCAAAGCCGAUAACUUCCUUAAUUAACCUGUUCAUUGAUCGCACUUACUGAUCGAUUCGACCAGCAAUCAAGAACUUUAGCACGAUCUGAUCCUUGAUUCUUGAUUUUAAAGAAAUAUGGUCCUAAAACGCCUUCUUGUUGAGGUCUCGAAGCAACGGCCAAAAUUGGGGCCUGCUAAAAGCUUGUAUACUAGAUCUUAUAUUGCUUCACAGAAGUUCAGAUCUGAAGCAGCAUACAAGCUUCCAAAUGGUCAAAGAAGGUUGCAAUCCAGUUACGUCGGAAGUUUCGCACGAAAGUUUCGUGACCGUGAUGUAGAUGGAUCAAGCAACGCUGCUUAUCUCAGAGAGCUUUAUCAUAGAAAUGAUCCAGAGGCGGUCAUAAGACUUUUUGAAAGUCAACCUUCGUUGCACACUAAUCUAUCAGCACUUAAAGAAUAUGUGAAGGCACUGGUCAAAGUUGAUAGAUUAGAUGAAAGUGAAUUACUCAGGACAUUACAAAGAGGAAUGGCAAGCUCUGGCAACGCAACUUUCGAAGAGGAAAGUAUCGGUGGGCUUUCAGCUUUCAAAAACGUUGGGAAAUCAACAAAAGAGGGCGUAUUAGGAACCGCUGCUGCUCCUAUACAUAUGGUGGCUACUGAAGGAGGUCAUUUUAAAGAACAAUUAUGGCGAACCGUUCGUGCUCUAGGCAUGGGCUUUCUACUGAUUUCUGGUGUCGGAGCCCUCAUUGAGGAUAGAGGAAUCACUAAAGGACUUGGUCUACACGAUGAGGUGCAGCCCAGUAUGGAAUCUAACACAAAGUUUAGUGACGUGAAGGGUGUAGAUGAGGCAAAAGCUGAGCUGGAAGAAAUCGUUCACUAUCUUCGAGACCCUAAGGCUUCAGCAACAAAAUUAAAAAACAAGGCUUCAGGUUUUUCAGCAAGUCAAAUGUUCAAGAACCAUAACUCCAUAAGCGAGUCAGAUUUCUUUACAACUCAAGUUAGAAGAGCAGAGGUAAAUGAUCGGAUAUUGCAAAACAGUGAAUUAGCAAAACAGCGAUUCACUCGUCUCGGCGGAAAGCUGCCAAAAGGCGUUUUACUCGUGGGUCCCCCCGGGACAGGAAAGACGAUGUUAGCCAGGGCUAUUGCAGGAGAAGCAGGCGUCCCGUUCUUCUCAUGCAGCGGUAGUGAGUUCGAAGAGAUGUUUGUUGGUGUUGGGGCCCGCAGGGUUCGAGACCUCUUUUCUGCCGCAAAAAAACGGUCACCGUGCAUUAUUUUUAUCGACGAGAUAGACGCCAUUGGAGGAAGCCGUAACCCUAAAGACCAGCAGUACAUGAAGAUGACUUUGAAUCAGUUACUUGUUGAAUUGGAUGGAUUUAAACAAAAUGAAGGUAUUAUUGUUAUUGCGGCAACCAAUUUUCCGCAAUCGUUGGAUAAGGCGCUGGUCAGACCUGGUCGGUUUGACCGGCGUGUGGUGGUCCCGAAUCCGGAUGUUGAAGGCAGGCGGCAGAUCAUGGAAUCUCACAUGUCAAAGAUCUUAAAGGCAGAUGAUGUCGAUUUGGCUGUGAUCGCCCGGGGAACACCCGGAUUCUCAGGUGCUGACCUGGCAAACUUGGUUAACGUUGCGGCUCUCAAGGCUGCAAUGGACGGUGCUAAAUCCGUAAGCAUGAGUGACCUAGAGUAUGCAAAAGACAAAAUCAUGAUGGGUAGUGAACGAAAAUCAGCAGUUAUAUCAGAUGAUGUUCGUAAGCUAACAGCAUAUCAUGAAGGUGGUCACGCCCUUGUGGCUAUUUAUACCGAUGGCGCCCACCCUGUACACAAAGCAACAAUUGUGCCACGUGGGAUGGCUCUCGGUAUGGUGGCUCAGUUGCCUGAAAAAGACGAAACGAGUGUAUCCCGAAAAGAAAUGCUUGCUCGGCUCGAUGUUUGUAUGGGUGGAAGAGUUGCGGAAGAGUUGAUUUUUGGUGAAGAUGAAGUUACUUCGGGUGCGUCUUCCGAUCUUGAACAAGCCACUCAUCUUGCACGUGCGAUGGUCACAAAAUACGGCAUGAGCAAAGAGGUUGGCGUAGUGGCUCAUGAUUACGAUGAUAACGGAAAGAGCAUGAGUACCGAAACUAGACUUUUAAUCGAAAAAGAAGUUCGCGAAUUAUUGGAGCGUGCUUAUAAUAACGCCAAGAAUAUUUUAACUACUCAUAGCAACGAGCACCACGCACUCGCAAAUGCAUUGCUUGAACACGAGACAUUGUCGGGAAAACAGAUUAAAGAAAUGCUUGCGAAACUAAAAUCCGAACCGAAUCAGCAGCAGCAACAUCUUGCUCAAGUGAAAUCUCAGUCUACACCGAAUGCUGCUGUGGCUGCAGCAGCGGCGGCCGCCAGUGCGGCUUCUGCGGCUGCCAAGGCGAAAGGCAUUGCUCCUGUUGGAUCUUAGCAUUUGAUAUUUUUGUAAUAAUUUGAACCAAUGUGCAUAUUAAGUUAUGGUGCCUAUACACUUAUUUUUUAUGGCGCCAUAGAGGUUUAAGUAAUCUUUAGACAUAAAAGAAAGUCAUAGAAGUUUAAAUUUAGCAGAAGUGUAGCAUUUAUGACUUCACAUUUUCUCCUCUACUAAAAUAACAUCCAUGUUUAAUGACACCA